AAGAGGGUGGGAGCGCGUGCUGCCUGGAGUUGUUUGGAGCUCGGGAGCUCGCGGCUGGAAAUUCGCUGGCGGAGCCGUCAUGUCGCAUAAACAAAUUUACUAUUCGGAUAAAUACGACGACGAGGAGUUCGAAUACCGGCAUGUCAUGUUACCCAAGGACAUAGCCAAACUUGUCCCUAAAACCCAUUUGAUGUCUGAAUCUGAAUGGAGGAAUCUUGGUGUUCAACAGAGUCAAGGAUGGGUACAUUAUAUGAUCCAUGAACCAGAACCUCACAUCUUGCUGUUCCGGAGGCCACUACCCAACAAGCCAAAGAAAUGAAGCUGGAGAACCAUUUUCAACCUCAAGCUUUACACAGCUGUCCUUCCUAACAUCUUUCUCAUAGCAUGAUUAUGUUGCAUUCUUAUUUCUCACUUUGAUAUUUAAAGGAUGUUUGAUACACUGUUUGAAUGUG